AUGUGCAGCGCAGUACGCUGCAUGACUAAUAGCGCUUAUGCAGUGGAUUGUGUCAAGCAUUUUGUGACAUUAUCCAUGAGCCAAAGGCACGCAGAGGCGCAGUCCAAGCUUGCGUGCGACGCCUACUCGAGUGAAAAGGUGUACGAUGUUGGUGUUAUUGCGAGAAUGUGUGAGGCUUCGGACUGUGUAUGUGUGCAUUUCAUGGAUAUCGACUUGGAUGCCAUUAGCAUGACAACAUAUGAAGAUAACAGCUAUUGGGAGGAACGAUCGGGCGCAGGGGGGGCUACAGCACCUCUAACAUGA